AUGGUGGAGAUUGAGAGUGCUCGCAGAGCUGAUACUCGGGCCAAGAUUUUUCUGACGAUGCUGGGAAAAUAUCGACGCUAUCGCGAUAAGUGCCGUGAGAUGCACGAGCGGCUAAGGACGAACCUUGAUGCUCAAUCCCAUGGCGAGGAGUUGGAGAAGAGGGACCAGCAACUGAUGAAGGCUAUCCGCAGGAGUAGUGUACUGGAGGAGCAACUCCGUGCCAAGGAUGAAGAGCUUGAGCUGGCUAAUGGGGUUGCUGCAGAGUGCGAACAUCUUCAGGAGAAGUUGAGGUCUAUGCAAUCAGAGAUGGAUCAGAACCUCAUCAGGGUCGAGGCGAUGAGCGUGGAGUGGAUGGGAAAGUUGAAAGAGUUGGAAAGAAAAGUUGCCGGUUUGGAAAGUAUUGAGAGUGCUUGGUCAUCGGCUUUGGCGAGGGCUGCGGCUUUAGAGAACACCAUCCGCGUCCUCCAAUCUGAGCAGGAAUCGGAGAGGGCGACGACUACGUUGAGGGAGGCAAGGCUUGAGGAGCGCAUUAGCGAGAUUGACCAAGAGGAUCAACUGUUGGCUCAAGUCGAAUCUUCCUCCACCGCUGCUCCUCGUCAUUUGCAUGAGCUUUGGGUUCAUGCCGAAGCCCAACAGGACAUCUACAAGAGUUUGUGGGAGGCGGGCAAAGUUACUGAGGCCUCAUAUAAAGGAGCACGGGCGAAGGCGCGAGAGGCUCGUGUAAACUGUGGAUACGAUUCUGCAACGCCGAAAGCUGAUGAGGGUGCGGGUGAUGAGGGAGGAUCCCCUGGAGAAGGUGCCGAGUGA